AAAACAGAGACCGGAGAACAGAGAGGACCAUAACCCGAACAGCUACGGAGAGGAAAUAAACUGCUGUCCCGAUGAAUACCGUCGCAGUUCUUCACCUUAUUUAAUGAUUUAUUUUAAUUUAAUCCCAUGGCUGAAUCAGGACGCCAGGACCUCUCUGCGGAGCAGGAUAACCUGCUCUCCUCUGUGACUCGGUACGGCUCCACAGACAGCAGCUGUGAACAUGAUCAUCACGAUCAUCAGAGGAACUGCCAUGACGGCAACCACAUCAGCCACAGCUAUCCCUCAACAACAACAGCAGGUCACUGGGUCAGGGCGGACCAGGAGGAGGAGGCCAUCCGCAGAAAGCUCAAAUACUUUUUCAUGAGUCCCUGUGACAAAUAUCACGCCAAGGGCCGCAAACCUUACAAGCUGGUGCUGCAGCUUCUUAAAAUUGUUUUUGUCACAGCUCAGUUGGUGAUGUUUGGCCUGAGUAACCAGGUGGUGGUGACGUUCAAGGAGGAGAACACGAUGACCUUCAAGCAUCUWUUCCUCAAAGACUACGAUGAAUCCUCAGAUGACUCCUUUGCCGUCUAUACGCAGMAGGAUGUCUACGACCACAUCUUCUAUGCUGUGGAGAAAUACCUCACGUUACCAGAGACCACAGUGGGGCGCUACGCAUACGUUUACGAUGUUGGCGUGAAUGGCAGCGCGCUCUCGCUCUGCCAGCAGUAYUACAAGAAGGGACGGAUCGACCCGGCCAACGACACGUUCAGCAUAGACCCCGACAUCAUCACAGAUUGCAUCGGGGUGGACCCUCUGUCCGUCCCCACCGCUCCGCUCUCCAGCAGCUACAAAAACUUCACGCUCAAGUUCCACAAGCUGAUAAACGUAACCAUACAGUUCCAGCUGAAGGCGAUCAAUAUUCAAACAAUCAUCAACAAUGAGAUCCCCGACUGCUACACUUUCCACAUAAUGAUUGUUCUGGACAACAAGGCUCACAGCGGCAAAGUGAAGAUCUGGUUGGAAAACAAAGCGAAAAUAAAGGAGUGUAAAGACCCGAGUGUCUCAGGACAAGCUGAAAGCUAUACRCGAGUAGCGUUUGACGUGGCCGUGGCUCUGCUGUGCCUGCUGUCUCUGCUGCUGUGUGGACGCUCCAUCCUGCGAGGCAUCAUUCUGCAACAGGAGUUUGUGAGCUACUUCAAGGAGGCUCUGGAUCGUAAAGUGUGCUGGUCAGACCGGCUUGAGUUUAUUAACGGCUGGUUUAUCCUCCUCAUCAUCAGCGACAUCUUCACCAUCACAGGCAGCAUCAUCAAGAUGGGCAUCGAGUCAAAGACCAUGUCGUCCUAUGAUGUCUGUGGCAUCCUCUUAGGGACCUCCACUCUCUUGGUGUGGGUGGGAGUCAUCCGCUACCUCACCUUCUUCCAGAAGUACAACAUUCUCAUCAUCACACUCCGAGCAGCGUUCCCCAACGUGAUCCGCUUCAGCUGCUGCGUCGCUGUCAUCUACCUGGGCUACUGCUUCUGCGGCUGGAUCGUCCUCGGACCGUACCACGUGAAGUUCCGCUCUUUGUCCUCGGUGUCCGAGUGCCUGUUCUCCCUCAUUAACGGAGACGACAUGUUCGUGACGUUCUCGGAGAUGCAGGAGAGUAGUUCCCUGGUGUGGCUCUUCAGCCAGCUCUACCUCUACACCUUCAUCUCCCUCUUCAUCUACAUGGUGCUGUCGCUCUUCAUCGCUCUCAUCACGGGAGCCUACGAGACCAUCAAGCAUCAAACCCAAGAACCCAUCCACAUCACUGACCUGCACGCCUUCAUAGCAGAGUGCACGGACGCACCCAACUCAGGGAAGUUCAGGGGUCUGGAGACGUCGCCGUGCUCCUUCUUUUGCUGCUGCGACAGAACAACAACAUAUGAAGAUGUUCUACUGGUGAACUGAGGUGGAUCUCUGCUUCCUCACCUACUGGACAGCUACGCACACUCCACACGAUCUGGAUCUGGAUCGAAGGUCGACACAGAUGGAGGAGUUGUCAUAAAACUGGACCAGCAGACAGAACUCUUUGAACUCUCCGUUAUUCCUGAACAAAACAGAAGCUUUCAACCUGUGAGGAAAAAGACUGAGUAGGAUCAUUGAUGACUACUAAACAAACAUUUCUGUUUUUAUUUGUUGUUUAGAACAAAAUGCAGUAUUGUUGUCUUUGUUUUUAUUGGUGCACAGAGCUGAACAAAAGCARCACGACCUCUUGGUAAAAGGUGGCACGGGUUCUACGAUGUGGACUGAGAAACGUACCUGACUGUUUUAUUUUAUUUUAUUUUUAUUUUAUACUCCUUUUAAAUGAACAUUUUUGUAUUUCUGAUUUUAAUUAUAAUUUUUUUUAACUAGGAAAAAAAAACAUACUGGAGUAUUUCAAUAGAAAUGUAAGGAAAAAGGCUCCACUUUUUGUUCCCAAAACAGGAGUUUAGGCAGAUAUGAUCUGUUUUUCACGCAAGAAGUGUUAUCUUUAGUAGUAUCUUCAUCAUCGUUAAAGGUGGUGUACUGACGUAAGUUUAACAUAGCUGGGAUUUWUUUUUCUGUAGCCUGGCUUGACAAAACCUAAAACUCUUUAAGAGCUAACAGUUAGUAUGUGUCGUGUGUGCACGUUCACAAGAAAACACGUGCUCCACGCAUCAUUUAAUGCCUUUUUUCACUCAAAACAUGCCAAUCUUGCCUUCAUUCAGAAAUAUUGUAGCCUGAUAAUAUAGUAAAUAUAAAGGAAAACAAUGUUUCAGUUAGGAAAAGAGAGGGUGUUGCAGAAAACUGUUAGUUUAAAUUAAACUAUUUGCUUCUGUUUAAAUUGGGACAGRAAGAUGUGAAGCUUUUAACUCCAACAAUCAAAGAGGUUUAUUUAGCUUUGACUCCAUCCCCUGGUCUAACCGUUACAGCAACAGUGUGGGUGAGAAAAAUGGACCUGACUCCACUCUCAUCUUCCCCACUCUGGGCCCUUUAGCAAGGCCCUCAACCCCCACAUCUGCUCCCCCGGGUGYCCUGRAUGGCAGCUUCCAGCUCYRCUCAYGUGGACCUCAGUAGCUCGGUCAUUYAGUGAAAUCACUCKCUAAAUCCUCAUUCGAGUGGGAAAGGGAGCAUCCCAAAGAAGAAAAAAGAACAUUUCAUUGAACAAAUCAAAUGCUGUUUAUAAAUAUUCUCUGACAAACAGAGGUAUUGACUAACUCUGUCUAACAUUAACUGUUUAAUGGAUGUCUCAGUAAAUGUAAACCAUGUGAAAAACCGUUUACAGCUCUUUGCAUGUUUGUGUUUUUUAUUUUAUUAUUUCUCACUGCGAGUUUCGAGGUGUACUCCUCAGCUGUUUGGUCCUGAAAAUCAUGUUUAUUAAUGAGAUCAUUUCAAAACGUUCUAGUCAGAUUAAACCGUUGUGCCUACGUAUGGAUUACAUUGUGUGAUUAAAUGAAAAAAGGCAUGUGUGUGUCAGGAAGGGCAUCCAGUGUAAAUAAUCGCCAUAAGAAAAUAACACCAUUUUUUUUGAUAAUCCGAUAUUUAUUUUUAGAUGUUCCAGCACAAAGUAAAAUUGCGAUGGCGUAUAGAUGUAGUUUCAGUCAGACUUAAGUGUCUGGGACAUCAUUAGGAACAGAAAAAGUGAAGAGGUUGAGCUUCUUCCUGACAGUAAAUAAAAACUUUAAACUCUGUUCAGCCUCUGUUGCCAUGCUGAUCCAUCUGCGCUCAAAGAAAUCCUCUUUCAUGGAACAGAAAACUCUGACUUUCAGCCUCAUGUUGCCUGUAAUCUGAGCCUGUAAUCUCACUUCGUAUCACAGCRUCACGUCGAUCCGCAGCGUGGAUCUGAGUAAAGUUUAUUGCUGUUAUUGUGAACRAGAUCUGYUAAAUGAUGUUUAUUCUCAAGAAAMUACAUCAUUAUGUAGUAGUUAAAAUGAUAAAAGCUCUCGUUAUCUCCCCCAUUUCCUCUCUCUGAGGUAAAUCAGACGAUCAUUACCAAAUCGGAUCUGAUGUUAACAGCUGGAUCUUAGUGAAAACGAGAUGAUUUACUGACAGCAGAAAAAAUAAUGCCUUUUUUGUUGGGGAACAAACUUGUAUUUGUUUUGUUUUUAUUGCAUCAGACGCACAAUAGUUUCAGAAAUUUAAGAACAAAAGUGGGCUAUUGAAGCUCAUUUUGUCUUUUAGUUAAAUAUUUUGAUAAAUUUUGGACGAUAAUAACAAAUGUGUCAAAUWGACUGGUGGCUUUGAWGUUAAAUAUUGCAUCAUAUGUUUAYUGUYUUGUAUUAACAAGAUGCAUGUUUGAUUCAGUCGGGGGAUUGUCUGUUUUUCAUUAUUUUGAACUUGGACUUGACAGAUGUACACAAUAUGASUUCAUCUUGUGUCUUCAACAGUAAACUGACAUUUCUUAUUGAAAAAACA